ACACUUUCGCUUACUCAUUGCGGAAAACGUGAGAACCGAAAAAAGUUUAAGUUGCCGCCUGUCUGUGAGGAAAUCAAUUGUUUUAAAGAAGAUUAGAUCGAAAAGGGCAACACCAUCACAUAAAUAUGCAACCACAAAUUGUGCUCCUAAAGGAGGGAACAGACACGUCCCAGGGCAAACCGCAGUUGGUGUCCAACAUCAAUGCCUGCCAGUCGAUAGUGGAUGCCGUUCGGACCACUUUGGGUCCUCGGGGCAUGGACAAACUGAUUGUUGACGCUCAGGGCAAGGCCACGAUCUCCAAUGAUGGUGCCACCAUAAUGAAGCUUCUGGAGAUUGUGCAUCCGGCAGCAAAAACUUUGGUAGACAUUGCCAAGUCACAAGAUGCUGAGGUGGGAGAUGGUACAACUUCAGUGGUUCUUUUGGCCGGAGAGUUCCUCAAGCAGGUGAAACCAUUCGUAGAAGAGGGUGUCCAUCCGCGUGUCGUGAUUAAGGCCAUUCGUAAAGCUCUCCAGCUUUGCAUGGAUAAGAUUAACGAAAUGGCUGUUCGCAUUGAGAAACAGUCCAAAAGCGAGCAACGUGCUCUGCUCGAGAAAUGUGCCGCCACAGCCAUGUCUUCAAAAUUGAUCCAUCAACAGAAGGACUUCUUCUCCAAAAUAGUCGUGGACGCCGUUCUUUCCCUAGAUGAGUUGCUGCCCCUUAAUAUGAUUGGCAUUAAGAAGGUAACGGGCGGAUCUCUUGAAGAAUCCCAGUUGGUGUCGGGUGUGGCUUUUAAAAAGACCUUUUCCUAUGCUGGCUUUGAGAUGGCCCCCAAAGCCUAUGAGAAGUGCAAGAUUGCCUUGCUCAACAUUGAAUUGGAGCUGAAGGCAGAACGCGAUAAUGCCGAGAUACGAGUAAACAACGUCAAGGAGUACCAAAAGGUGGUAGAUGCCGAGUGGCAAAUCCUCUACAACAAAUUGGCCAAAAUCCAUGAGUCUGGUGCAAAUGUAGUGUUGUCCAAGCUCCCCAUUGGUGAUGUGGCCACACAGUAUUUCGCAGAUCGGAAUAUUUUCUGCGCAGGCCGUGUGCCCGAAGAGGAUCUCAAGCGUACAAUGAAGGCCUGUGGUGGAGCUGUGAUGACCACAGCCAAUGACAUUAAUGCCAAUGUUCUUGGCUUGUGCGACCAUUUCGAGGAGCGCCAGGUGGGCGGUGAGCGUUUCAACCUUUUCCAAGGUUGCCCAAAUGCCAAGACCAGUACUCUAAUUCUACGCGGCGGAGCUGAACAGUUCUUGGAGGAAACUGAACGUUCUCUCCACGAUGCCAUUAUGAUUGUGCGACGCACCAUUAAACACGACUCUGUUGUGGCUGGCGGCGGAGCCAUUGAAAUGGAAUUGUCCAAGCUCUUGCGUGACUACUCGCGUACCAUUGCGGGCAAGGAACAGUUGCUUAUUGCGGCUAUUGCUAAGGGUUUAGAGAUCAUACCACGUCAGCUGUGCGACAAUGCCGGCUUCGAUGCUACAAACAUUCUAAAUAAGUUGCGCCAGAAACAUGCCCAAGGUGGUCAGUGGUUUGGUGUGGACAUUACCAAGGAGGACAUUUCGGAUAACUUUGAGCAAUGCGUGUGGGAGCCAUCGAUUAUCAAAAUCAAUGCCCUAACUGCUGCUGCCGAAGCCGCUUGCAUGAUUCUCUCCGUCGAUGAGACAAUAAAAAGCCCCAAAGCUGGCGAAGCCCCAAUGGCGGGUGGUCCUAUGGGUAUGGGUCGCGGCAUGGGCAGGCCCAUGUAAAACAAAUCACGAGAGUCGAAAGCAAAACACAGCAAAACACAGUAGUCAUCAAAAUACACUCACACACUGGCAUUUCUCUCCCUUAAUUUAACACAAGCACGUAUUACUCGGUCAUCUUUCGCAAAACCUAAUUAUUCUACUGACCUUUUAUAUAUGUUUAGAAAAAAAGGAAAAAGAAUUAAUAAAUAAACAUAUUUUCAUAACAUAA